AUAGGUUUGUCAUUUUUUAUUAAAGCUUGUGUCAAAAUAAUCAUGUAGGACAAUUUCUAAAAUGUUUACAAACAAAUAAAACACCAAAAUUCAUGUGGUUACAAAACAGAACUCAGGAAUAAUGGACCUUUUACAGCAUACCUAGCCUUCAGAAUACCCAGGAUUCAAUAGCACCAUUCGGACCAACCAUGGAGGCCAACGGUCGUCAAUCGCGCCUACUCACACGCCUCAUUGGUCGACUGCGCGGCGAUCACCAUAGACAACACCAAGCUGUCGGCAAGUCAUACUCCGUGCCUUCCACUGUGAGUGCCGGUUGUAACAGCACCUCACACAUCCUCAUGACAGACGAAGACUCCAUGACAGCGUACACAAGAUGCUCAGACGAACCGGGGGAAGAGGCUACCACUAGCAUAGGAGAAGAGGAGCAGUUCACAGCUAACGCCGACUUGAGAUACAGUGGACAAUACCUCACGCCGGAGCAGCUGCCAGAGUUCUGCGAUCAGUUGCGCCAUCUAGUAGAAGUCAUCAGGAACAUACAGUCGUACGCCACCGUCACUGGAGAAUAUCCCGCCGAGCUAGAACGCCGCCUAGAGCAAGAGGCGCGCGAGGUGGCAGCCCUAGCGUCGGAAGCUCAGAACGCGCGCGACGUGGUCUCCAGAACAAGGACUCAGCGGCGCGCGGUGCGAGCGCAGCGGAGGCAACUCGUCGCGCAACUUGCCACGCUGAGGGAGAGCGAGGUUCGUGAGCUGGAGAGCACGGUCCGUCUCUCAGACCGGAGGCUGUAUAAGAGCUGGGAGGCGCUGAAGGACAGCAGCGACCCCACCGUCUUCGAGCCCCUGCUGGAUGAGAUCAGGAACAAGCAAGCAGCCCUGGAAUGCCUGGUCCGCCUCAUAGACACGCGGCGCUCGUCCAUCGCACGCAACAUAGCGUCGCCGCGCGCGCUGCCGCCGCCCACUAAUAACGGCGCCACUAGCGCGAGGCGGCGGGCCGAGGCGGCGGCGGCGCGGCGAGGCACCAACGCGAGGCGGCGAGGCAGCCGCACGCAUCGACCGCUAUCCGAGGAUGCUAGCCAUGGCAAUACGACUUCACUCGUCACUACCGCCCGCCACCGCUCGGGCACCAACAGCGCCGCCCUGCUGCAGCUGCCCCGCCCGCCCAGCAGCAGAGACAUCGUGUUCUUCACAGCCACCUGACGGGCUAGCACAGGGCGCAAUUAAAACGUGACAAAAGUUUUGCAUCGCACUCACUCACAUAGCGCAGCCUCAAGAGGCGACGGAGAACUUUUGUCACAAAUUAAAUGUGCCCUGUGCUAGCCCUUCUUACGAGUACUCUCGAAGCAAGGAGUCCAUUGAGCCAUGAGGACACUCAAAGAACAAAGUACAUUGCGAGAUAGAUGAUGAUCUCCUUUCUAGGCCACUCAGGCAAUCGUUCAUAUCGGACAAAAAUAGCCAUCGCCAUCAUAAAUAGUGAUCUAAUAGCUAACUAAUAAUUUCAGUUUUUCUAACAUCUCGAUAUUUUUGUAUGAAAUCCCGUACUUACAUACAUCACAUUGAUGAGGCCCGAUAAGUCCUAAUAAAACAACCUAUGGUAAAUUACA